AUGUUGGAGCGAGGUGUGGAUAGGCGUUGGCUUGGGCCUGUGGAAUUUGUUGCUGUGCAGGGCCUCUGGGCAGACAGGAGACCUCCGGAGUCGACUCGAGAGAGGAAGGGGGAAUGCAGGCCUCGUGAAAUUUUGCUGCUGCAGUUCGGAAUAUCGCUAAUUUACUGGCCGAUUGAUUCGACUGGAUUGCAUUGCCGUCCUGUCGAGAGCUACAAUUUCGGUCUACACGUCGAGGGAAGAAAGGGCGUUUCUUAUGUUCUGCGUUUUGCCCCUCGUCCGUAUCAGCUUUGCGAUCCUCUUUCCCUGCCAGUUCCUCCCCCUUGUCGCCACAUUCUGUGA